UUAAAAAUGUUUUUGUUAGAUCUCUUUCAGAAGCCAUGUCCGUAGAAAAAAUUGCUGCAAUUAAAGCAAAACGUUUAGCAAAAAAAAGGACUACCAUUAAAGGUCAUGACGAUAUUGGCCUAGGACCAGAUCUUAGAGUUAUGUUGGAUUUUGAUGUAGACAUCACAAAAGAUAUUAUCAAAAGAGAAAGACAAUGGCGGACUCGUACUACCAUUUUACAAAGCAAUGGAAAAGUAAUAUUAUAAUGUUUGUUAAUAUGUUAAAUCUUUUAACUUAUUAGAUUUAUUUGAGUAUAUUAAUUUAAAUUAAAUAAUAAUGUGUAUCAUAGGUUUUUGGAAAAAAUAUUUUUGCAAUACUGCAAUCAAUUAAAAAUAGAGAGGAUGGUAGGACGCGACCAUCACACAGUAUGGUAACAACACCACGUGUAGUACCUCCUAAACCAACCAUACCACAGCCAACGGUUUAUAACCGUUAUGAUCAAGAAAGAUUUAUCAAAUCGAGAGAAGGUUAGUCUAUUAAUUAAUUAUGCAUUUAUAUUUUAAAUAGCAUUAAAUUCUUACAAUGCUUCAAUAAUUUGGUGAUAAUUCCUUUUGAGUGUAGAAGUUGCCUAUUGAUGAUAUAAAGGACAAUAAAAUAUUUGUUUGAUUCAUUUAAUUCUAUACAAUAAUAUUAUGUUUAAAAUGUUGACUUAUAGAUACGGAAGGUUUUAAAAUUGAUACUAUGGGUACAUAUCAUGGUAUGACGUUAAAAUCUGUAACUGAAGGAACAGUUCCAAAAAAACCAGUUGCCACAGUCACCCCUGUACAACAGUCAUCUAGAACUGGUCCAAAUGUAAGUCAACUAGUUCUAAUAAUAUUAUUAAUCAAGUAUUAACAAUCGAAGGGUGUGCGAAAAUAAAGUGCUAUGUAACACUUUUUUGUAUUUAAUUUUUUAAGGAUUAAGUAUAGAUGAAAAAUCUUACUUAAAGGUAGAAAAACAAAUAAUACAAUAUAAGUAAAUACAAAUAAUCAUAGAAAUGACCAAGAUGUUAUGUUAUCAGGCAUGGUGCCACCGCAAAAUGUAAACAAGUUGCCUAAGUAGUAAAGGAAAGAUGAUAGUUGUAUAAAUUACUAUAUAGCAAUGUUAUUCCCUCACACCUUUCAUUUGUUAAGUUAUUGUCAUGUUAUUAUUACAUUAUUAAGAAUAGUUUUUAAUACAUUAUUAUUUUAUAAUUUAUUUUCUAAAGUUUACAGAAAAGGAAGUAUUGGUAAGUUAAAAAUAAUUAUAGAUUUUACUAAGUACAGUAUGUUGUUUUUGUUAAAAACAGAUAAUUUAUUAUUUUUUAAUGAUAAAAUAGGCUGGUUUCUAUAUAGCCUUAAACGUUUAUUUGUUGAAUUUUACAGUUUAUCUUUUUGAAAUGUAGUUACGUGUAUUACAUUAAUUUAAUUAUCUUUAAUGCACAAUUUGAGAUCUUUCAAUGUUGAAUUUUGACUUUCUUGAAAAAUAUGUUAAACAUUUAAUUGAGUUUUGCUGUUUUCAUUGAGUAGAGAAACACUUUUAUUUUUGUAAUUUACAUAUGACUUAAAAAAUAAUUCUUAUCAAUAGAUAAUUAUUUAACUAUGGUGAUAGAAUUAUGGUUUACUUAAAUAUUUUGAAACACUUCCAAUUUUCAACUUACAUAAAUAUAUUAUAUUUUAAAUAUCUUAUACUUUAAUAUUCAUAGUAAAAAUUGUGUGUAUCAAAUAGUUAAAUUGUAAUAAAGUUUUGAAUGAUAUAAUUAACUUAUUAUAGGCUAAAUUGACUGCUUCUCAGCAAGCAAAACAAAGAAUAUCAAAAACUCCAAUUAUUGUCAUCCCAGCUGGCCAGUCUUCAUUGAUAUCUAUGCAUAAUGCUCGGGAAAUUCUACAAGAUAUGAAGUAAGUAUUUAUUUUAAUUUUGAAAUUAGACUUAAAUUUGUUACAUGUGAAAUAAUUACUAAUCCAACUAUUAUUAUUUAUAUAAUUUUAUACUUCCUUUGAUUAAGUUAAGUAUUAUCAACCAGUGGCAUAGACAAAUUUUUAACCAUUAGUAGGUCCAAUCUUUUUGUGCUUUUUUGUUCUAUAAUGCCUAUAGGCAUAUUACUAUACAUUUUUAAUUAUUUUGUUUUUUCUACUGAUCCUAAUAAUUUUGAAGAACAUAAAUGUAUUUUAUUAUGUUUUUAAACAUUAAUUUGGAAAAUCGCUAUACAUUCAGAAUUUUCUUCUAUUCUAGAAAUAAUAGAAUUAUAAUUCUAUGUUAUUCCUUAAGGUUUAUUAUUAUGUACUCAUUUAUAAGGUAAUAAGUUCCUAUAAUUUAUCUGCAUUUCCUUAUAAGUUAUAAAACCGCAUCACUAUUUUAUUCAGAAUUUUAUUUUUAAAUAUAUAUUUAAAAACGAAAACCAAAAGUGUCUUUUUAAACAAUAUUUAGAUAUAAAAAUAUUAAUUUUAUUACUUUUUUUUUUAAAGAAAUAUAUCUAACUUUAGUCAUAAUCUAAAAAAUAUUUUACAAAAUAGAAUUUAAAUUAGAAUAAAUAUAUUUUUAUUAGUAUUUAAUUUAACUGAAUAAUGUAUUUUAAUGUUAAUUUUUUUAAAAAAAGAUUUGUAUCUACUGAAGAAAAGAAACAAACUGGCGCAAAACGGGACAAUGAAUUAUUAUUACAGCGUCGUAAAGAUGGAGGUAUGACAGUGCCAUAUCGUGUUGUUGAUAAUCCUCAAAGACUGACCCAAGGAGAAUGGGAUAGAGUAGUUGCAGUAUUUGUCAUGGGACCAGCAUGGCAAUUCAAAGGAUGGCCAUGGGACGGCAAUCCAGUAGAAAUUUUUGCUAAAAGUAUGUACACUAUUAUUUUUUCACUUUUUAUGAUUGAUUUGACUUAUGAUUUUAAAAUUUAAUUAAUAUUUAAAAUGUACUGUUUAAAAAUUAAAUGCGCAGUAGGAGGAUAUAUUAAACUCUUUGAAAUAUAUUAUUUAACCAAUGGUUAUUAAUAGUAUUCGGUAAAACAAUAUUUAACAACAAAUAUUUAUUAAAAAAAAUAAGCAAUUUAUAUAAAUUUUGAUUGUAACAUGAAAUUUAAAAUAUUAAAUUAUUUUAUCACAGUUUCUUAGAUAAAUAAUAGUAUGUAUAUUUUAAUUUCAUGGUUUGCUAAAUUUAUUUUAUUUCUUGGUAUAAAAUUUACUUUGUAUAAUAUUAAUAUGCUCAAAAUAUCUAAUCAAAUAUUUAUUUUUGUUAUAUAUAUUUUAAAUUUUAUAUUCUUUCCCUUUGUAAAUUACCUAAAUAUUCUCCUGAUAUAUCAUAAUGAUGUGAACCAAUCUAUCAAAUCAUGUUAGAUUUAAUGAUUUGUGUUUUAAGAAUAAUUUGAAUCAAAUCAAUUCAUUUUUUUUUUUGUAACUAAUAAUAUUUUGUAUCACUAAAUUAAAAAUUAAAUAGAGUACAACCAAAUGUUGUAUUGGAGUUGAAUUUAUCUUUAUUAAAUACUAAUGACUGUAAUGAGAUACUAAAAAUAAGCCAUUAAAAAAAAAGCAAAAAUUAUUUAAAGAGUAGAAAUAUCUGGCAGUAUUUUUUUUUUUUAUACAAAUACUUAUAAGUACUGCUUAUUUAUUUUUAUUUUUAAAUUAUUUUAUUUUAUAGGUAUUUAGUAUUGUGAAAAUUAUAAAUUGUACAUAAACAAAAAUUUCACUAUAAUAGUAGUAAUUAUCAUACUUUUAUUCUUUGAAAGAUCGAUUUUAAAAGAUUAACAUGCAUUCUACUCAUUCUAAAUUUGUUUAGAAUUUCAUAAUUAUUUUUUAAGUUAAGCAUUAGUUAAUUUAAAAUUUAAAAUCUUUAAAUAUGUAAAUCAUUUGUUAAAUUUUCAGUAUGUGCAUUUCAUUUGAAAUUUGAUGAAAUGAAGUUGGACAAAAAUGUUGCCAAAUGGGCUGUUAAUGUUUUGCAAAUAUCAAGGACAAGGCGUCAUUUAGAUAGAGCCACCCUUAUGGUAUUUUGGGAAAAAUUAGACAGGUACGCAUGCAUUUGUUGUGUGCAUAUGCACAAUGUGUGAUCUGUAUUAUAUAUAUAAAUACUCUGUAUUUAUAAUGGUAAAAAAAAUCCUGUUAAUGUUAUUCGAAUCAGUAACUUCUAGCAAGGAUUAUAGCGCUGGUUUGAAAUCUACAAUAAUAUUUAUUUUUAUUUCUUGGCAUUUUUACGAAAUCAUGUUUCAGUCAUCCCGUGAAUUUCAUAAUGGAAGCAAUAGAAUAACAUGAUGUACAAGUUCUAGUGAAACUUUUGAAUUUUUGCAGGAAGCUUUUUAAGAUGGUGUUCUUUCUUGGACAUGUUAUGAGUGGCUUAAAUGGUUUAAGGAAGUUUCACACACAUGCCUUCUUCUGUUACUUUCAUUAUGAAAUUUGCCGCAUGACUGAAACAUGGUUUUGGAAAAAUUCCAAGAAAUAAAAAUAAAUAUUUUAAACCAACGCUUUAAUUCUUGUUAGAAAUUACUUUAUCGAAUAACAUUUGAUAUAUAAAUAUGACUAAUACAGUCUAGAUAUAUUUUGAUCACACCUCUUAUACAUAAUAUAUAUGUAAAUAUAAACAUAUAUAAAUAAUAUUAUGUAUAUUAAUUUUUUCUGAUUAUUUUAAUAUAUUUGCUAAGAUUGUUGAAAAUUGUUAAAUAAGGUAGUUUUGAAAUUUUUUAAAUUUAAUUUAAAACUCAUUCAAAUUUGUUUAAACAUGUAUAAUAUCUGAAUUAUAGGUUUAUUAACAAAAAAAAUCAGAAUUAUACAAAAUUUCACUAGAUUAUAUAUUCUAUUUUUAAAUAUUGAUACAGAAUUUUGACAUCUACCUGUUGGGAUAGUUAGCACUAGGAUAAUAAAAUGAUAUACCAUUUAUUGGUUUUUUACCUAAAUACUUAUAGUCAACUCUAAUAAUUUUUUGUUAUCAUUUCUUCAUUUUUUUUUUUUUUUUUUUUAAUUUUGUAAACUGAAAUUUAUAAUUUCACUAAUUUAAAAUCUAUUGCAUAAAAUAUAUAAAUAUAUAUGUUAGCGGAAAAAAUAAUGAUAAUUAGUCAAUGAUAACAAUGACUAAUCAAUAACGAUAAUGCCUGAUUUAGUAAGGAAUUAAUGUCUAUUCCUAUUAAGGCAAUGAUGAUAAAAUAAAAAAAAUCUAAUAAGAAGACAUAAUAAAUUUAGCUACCAUUAAUUUUUUUUUUAUGUAACAUUAGUAUUUUAUAUUUAAUCAUCCUUAUUGUAAACUAUCAUGACACUUAGAAUUAGAUAAUCUCAUAGAUGCACGCCAAGCACAUCUAUUAGUUUUACACUGUGUUAUAUAGUGGAAUCUCUUAAAACCUGUGAUCUAGAAAUGCUGUUUAAAGCAGCUGCUUCCUAGAGUUAUAUCUUCUCUAUCUUGAUUUAGUUAAAACUGUUUCAAGAUUAAGAAAGUUCUCCUUACAUUGGUUGAUUUCUGUCUUGGUAUACUUAUGUUUCAAAAAUCUAUUUUCUGUACCUAUAAAAAUAAAUAAUUAUAUGUAGAUUAAUUAUGAACCUAUUAGUUACACAAUAACAAAAAAAAUAUUGUCUUCUUCUUCUCCUUGCCUUCCUUUAUUAUUACCUAAAGAAAAUUAUUAUAAAAUAUUAACCUAACCAAACACAAUUAUUAAAAUUUCGCUAUUUACUAUUAUAGUGCACAAACAGUAAUGUGUUACUUACGGAAUGUGCCUAUGUAAGAUAGGUACCUAUCGGUCAAUAUUUUUAUUUGUUUAUUCUAUUAAAGCAAUAAAAACGAUAACAUAAAACCAAAUUGGCCAUACCCAAUUUAAUUCAUAAUUAGAUCAAUAAAGAUGUCCGAUAACAUUCCCUAAUGUAAUACUGAAAUAUUUAACAUUACCUAUCAUUUCUAAUUAUUGUAUACAAUGACUAGGAAAUCGCAACAAAUUCUAAAUUAUCAUCUUUUCUGGUAACAUUUAUAAUAUAAUGUGCACAUUUUAAUUAUUGUUAUUUAAUAUUUUAUUUGUAGCAUCAUUUUUUAAUUAACACAUUUAAAAAAAUCUACCAAAUAAAAAAAAAAAUUUUUAAAAAUUAUAAUAUGUACUUAAUUUUUAUUUAAUAUAACAUGUUUAUAAUGUGAUUAUUAUGAUUAAGUAAUAAUAAAGUAGUAGUUAAUAAUCUUUUUUUUACAUUUUUUUCAGACACAUAAUGACCUGUAAACCAAACUUAAGAUUUUAGAUUAUAACAAUAAAAAGCUGAGCUUGAAAAAGUUUUUAUUCAAAAAUAAUUACUGUUUUUUACUAAGUUUGUUAUAAAUAUUGACUUAUUUUAAUUUAUACUUUAUGUUAUAUAAAGUAUAUCAAAUUCAAAUUUCUUUUUGUAGUAAUUUAUAAAAAAAAAAAAAAAUAUUUUUGAUUAAAAAAUAACUGUUAUCCUGUUAUUAAUAUUUUCAAUUUUAUUAUCUUUUAUCUAGCAUUAUUUUAUACAUAAAAACGUAUUGUAUUACAAAUUUGUAAAUAUUGGAAAUCAUUAAUAUUUUACUUAAUGUAGAAAUUAAUGCAUUUUUCAUUCUACCUGAUGGUUUCAAUCAUACAAUUUGUUUAUAUUUUAAUAUUAUGUGACUCAAAAUAUUGGAGUAAAAUGAAACAAAUAAAAUUUGGAAUUGUCAAUUAUA